AUGCUACGCAUCCCUGAACUUCGAGACGAGAACGGUCAUGAUCUACUCAAAGAUGACACAAGUUCGAACAAAAGCGGCCCUGAAGUCGAGACGGAGUGGACAAGGGAUGCUCUCUGCGCAUUCGAUCGUGUCUGGCAUGAUCCAGCGAGGAGAAAGCAGCCCGCCUGUUUCCAACCCGGCAGUCCGUCGGUUUUCAGCGGCGCGCCAAGCAGGACUGCUGCAUCUCAAAGCAGACAGAUCCUGGCCCCAGACAUCUAUGCUGCCCCAUACAGGACGGUAACACUAGAGCAAUCUCAUCAAUAUUGGGAUACAACAGAACAGCCCCAUCAGCUUUCACGCGAGACGAUAUCCCGAUUCUACAGUCCGGCCUGUUUGAAAGAAAAGCUCCUAGGUCCCGAGAACUACAAAGAUUGGGCGGACCAGAUGAAGAAGAAGCUUGAACACUCAAGUACACAAUACACCCAGUCCAACCUGAACCUGUGGAUGAUGGUCUUCAGCAACGUGUCACUGCCCAUACGACGGGAGCUGUGUGCUCUAAAGGUAUUGGAUGCACAGGAGACAUGGCAAUUUCUGGAAAGGACAUAUGGGAGAGUCAUUCCCAUGAAGAUGCGUUCAAUCAACGGCCUACACGAUAUCAUGGGUAUCAGGUAUGACAAGUGUGCGUCACUGAAAGAGUACAUAGAGAAGAUGGUGUUGUGCAGCCGAGCUAUUCAAUGUAACCGCGGAGGGAAAGGCUGUGGCGACGGGGAGAAAGACAAUGGCUGCGGAGAUAACUACAACCACUUGAGAGGGGAUGGAACUAACGAAUGGCUAUGGUGCCAGUUCAUCUUGGUGAAUCUUGGUCCGGAGUGGGAGUCUUGGGUCUCUGAGCUGGUGGGGAAGUUCGAAGAUAAAGAGAGAAUGAAUGUUGCAAUAAGCACAUUCAGAGGACUCUUCCCGAUCAUCGAAGCAGAACAAGCACGUCGCAUGCAAGCUGCUCGUUACACGAAGAAUUCUGGUGUGUGA